AUGGCGGCGGAGGGACCCCUGAAGGAGCUCUGCGAGGAAGCCUCUUGCUCCGUCUGCCUCGAGUUUUUCAGCGACCCGGUGACCAUCGCCGAGUGCGGCCACAGUUUCUGCCGCGCCUGCCUGAUCCAGAGCUGGGGGGCGUCGGGGGCGGAGGCGUCCUGCUGCCCCCAGUGCAGAGGGAGAGCGCAGGAGGGGAGCCUACGGCCAAAUCAGCAGCUGGCCAACUUUGUCCAAAUAGCCAAGAAACUCAGUCCUCUGGAAAGGAAGGAGGAGAAGCGAAGGGGGCAGAAGCGAAGGAGGGGGGUCUGCGAGAAGCACCAGGAGCCCCUGAAGUUUUUCUGCGUGGACGAGGAAGCCCCCCUCUGCGGGGUCUGUGACCAGUCCCAGGGGCACAAUGAUCACGAAAUCAUUCCUGCGGAGGAGGCUUCCCAAGAGUACAAGUUCUGCAAUUGUAUGGAGAUUCUGCACAAGGAGAAGGAAGAAAUUCUGGCACAUAAAGCCAGUAUCGUGAAGGAAAGCCAAGACCUGCUCAAGCAAACCAAAGGAGAGCGGCAGAAGACAGUGACCAAGUUCAGGCAACUGCAUAAGUUUCUGGAUAAACUGGAGAAGCUUUUGCUGACCCAGAUGGAAGCGGGGGAGAGGGAGGUGGAAAGGAAAAGGGACCAGCACCUGGCCGAACUGUAUGAGGCGCUCUCCUCUCUGGACAGCCUCAUCCGGGAGAUGGAGGAGAAAUGUCAGCAGCCGGCCAGUGAACUCCUGCAGGUAAGAGUAAGCAUCUUGCAGAGGUAUGAAGAAAAGGAGGUGUUUGAGAAUCCAGUGGCUUUUCUCAUUGCACUGAAGUGCCGCAUCUGGGACUUCCCGGAUUUAAAUCCCCUCUUGGAUGGCAUCAAGAAGCAAUUAAAAGACACUCUGGAUUCUGGACUUCACCUGCAGAAAGUAAAUGUGACUCUGGAUCCGGAUACAGCCAACAUCUACCUUGUCCUGUCUGAGGACUGGAAAAGCGUGAGAUGGGGAGGAAAAGCUCAGUCUCUGCCCAGCAACCCUAAGAGAUUUUCCACACGUAGUGCUCUUCUGGGCCGUGAGGGAUUCACAGCAGGCCGCCAUUUCUGGGAAGUCCUUGUGGGAAGUGAGGAAGGCUGGCGUGUGGGGGUGGCCAGAGAGUCUGUGAGGAGGAAGGGAGGGAUCAUCUUUAGUCCUGAGGAAGGGAUCUGGGCUGUGGGGAAGUGGGGGGGUCACUACAGGGCUGUCAUAAAAAACCAAUAUCCUCGCCUGACCCUGACCGGGGAGCCCAAGAGGAUCCGAGUCUGCCUGGACUACGCUGGGGGCCGAGUGGCCUUUUUCGACGCUGACCGAGGAUCCCUGAUCUAUGAGUUCUCCGGAGCCUCCUUCCGUGGAGAGACCCUCCUGCCCUUCUUUUGGGUGUGGGAAAAUGGCCACCUCAAACUCUCUUCUUCUUAA